AUGAACAAGCAGGAUAAACAAUUUGUCUUGAAGUUAUUCAAGAUUAAAAAUGGGGAUAUAAAUCUUCUAAAAAACAGAAUAACUCAUUUUAGCAUUAACAACAAAUGCAUACAUAUCGUUUUUUGUAAUAAUACACUCAUAAAAUAUUAUGUCGAAGAAAAUGAGUUAUCUUACAUUGACUUUUAUAGUAAAAAGGCAUCAAAUAAUAAAGCCGAAAUAAGAUCUAUAUUUUUUGAUAAUAACUGCUAUCAUGGGUUUAUAUGUUUAGCAAAUAAAGAAUAUGUUUAUAUUCAUUUUGAAAAUAAUAUUGUGCAAAAUCUAGCUAAAUUAAAAAAAUAUAAUAUUUCAAGUUUAUGUUUUAAUGAUUAUUCUGAUAUAAAAAAUGCACAUUCAUUUUUAAUAGCAACUAAAGAUGGUGAAAUUAUUGAAAUGUCCAUAAAUAAUAAAACAAAAAAUUAUAAAGACCACGAAGUUAUAUAUUCAAAUAAUAAGUUAGUAAUACUAGAUAUUAAUAUGAUAGAUAUCGAUUUACAUCAUUCCCGAAAUAAUAAUGAAUUGUUAAGAAUUAUUUACUUUACUACAUGUAAUAGUUUACAUGAAAUUAGCUACACGAUUAAAAAUUGUAAAAAUAAUAACAAUGACAACAAUAAUAAUUCAGAAAAACUGGAAACAAAUACGAACGAUAUUAAAACACCUACCAAAAAUAUUACAUCAAACAAUUUAGUAGACGAAACAAAAGUUUAUGAAUGCUCUGUAGAUUCUUUGAUCUCUAUUUUAAAAAUCGAAAAAAUUCGGAAUAAAAAUUAUUUAUUUUGGGUUAAUGGAUCAUGUGUAUUUAUUAGCAAAAUUAAUAAUUAUAAAAAAAAAAAAAAUGUUAAAUAUAAUAUAAAACAUAAUAAGCAUAUUAAAAAUAAAAUUGAAACAUAUUUUUACGAUACAGAUGAUAGUAUAUCCAAUUCUACAUUAUCAAGUGGUUCGGAUGGCGAUAUUAAUAUUGUAUCUCUAACUGAAAAUAGUGAAAAUGACCAAAUUAUAAAAAAAGGUAGAAAAAAAACGCAAGAAAUACAAAAUAAAAAAAAAAUACAACGAAAUAAUUAUCAUGAUAAUAAAUAUACACAAUUUGGUAAUAUAAAUGACAACAGUGAAGAUAUAGAUGAUUAUGCACAUGAUGAUGAUUGCAGUAAUAUUACUGAAAAUAUGUUAAACUUAAAAUUUUAUCUAAAUAAUAAUUAUGUUAUAGUAAAUUUCUUAGAUAUAGGUAUAUAUACAAAUGAAAAUUUAAAAAGCUUUGCCUUUGUCAAAUCUUUUUAUGAAUCUAUUUAUAAUAGUAAACCUAAUAGAAUAUGCUACAAUUCGAAUGAAAAUGGUAAGGAUAAUGAAAAGGAUGAUAUUAAUGAAAAUAGGAAGGACGGAGAGAAUAAUGAACCAAAUGCAUCAAAUAACGAAUUUGCAAAUAACUAUAGUAACUAUAAUAAUAACAUUUAUGUUAUUGUAGAUAUGUGUGUAAAUGAUUUAUAUAUUUUUAUUCUUUUAGAAGAAAAAUUAAUAAUUAUUAAUAAUGUAAAUUUUAAAAAAGUAUAUGAACAAAUAUUAUCAACCGAAACUUAUGGGCAUGCAAUAAAAAUUAUGAAAGACAAAUUAGACAAUCAAAUAUGGAUAUGUACAUCCAAACAUAUUUUUAAAAUAUUAAUAAAUAAAAAUAAAAAUGAUAUGUUUUAUUUAAAAAAAAAAAAAUAUAUUCAAAAAAUGUUCGAAACGAAUAAUCAUAAUGAUCAAAUUAAAAUGAAAAAGUAUUUAAUACGAAAUAAUAAAUAUGAUAUAGAUCAAUAUAAAUAUACAAAUAUCAGUACAGAAGAUAUGUUAAUAUCAUUUUUGCAUAAAAAACAGUAUUUUGUUAUAGCAAAUUUUUUAUAUAAUAAUAUACAUUGCUAUAAUAAUAUAAUCCGAGUAUCUCUUUUUAUAUGGCUUAUUCAUUUAUAUGUUUACUCAAUAUAUUUAUAUUAUUAUUUAUAUAGAACCGUUUCGCUUACAUAUUCCGCUAAAAAAUCAAUCCAAAGUAUCGAAAAUGACGCCAAUCCUGAUGUAGAUGACAUAUCGGAAGAAUGUACUAGCGACACUUAUGAAAAACACAACAAAGAAUUAACAAAUUCGAUACAACUAUCUUCUACUGAAGAAGAAGGAUGGACAACUUGGUUAGAAGAGUGGGCAAGCGAUUCAGAAAAUAUAUUAAGUGACAAUACAAACACAUCAAGUAGUACAAUAAAAAAAUUGUCAAAAAUAAAUAACAAAAGAUGUAAUAUUGAAAAUGAUGAUUGCGAGAAUAAAGAUAGUAAAAUUGAACACGAUCAAAUAAAUAAUAAAAAAAAUCAAUUACCACAAAGUUCGAUUGGAAGCAUAUCUAAUGACAUAGAAGAAUCUAAAAAAAAGGCAAACGCUUUGUCAUAUAUCAAAGAGGUUGAUAAAAUAGUAAAUAAGAGUAAUGCCACUAAACAGAUUGAUGCACUUCGAGAAAAGUCACAUAUUUACAAAAAUAACAAAAAUUCGUUUCUUCUUUUUUUUGAAACACUUGUUAAUAAAGAAGAAAGACACGAAAAUAAAUAUAACUUUGAUAUUUCAAUUUUGAAAAAAGUAAAUAUAAAAUCAUUAACAAAAAGUGAAAAUUUUUAUAUUUUUUUAAAAUUCUAUAAAAUGAAAAAUGUGGAAAUAUUUAAUUUUUUAAAAUGCCAAAAAAGCUUACUUGUAAGUGAUAUAGAAAGAUACAAGAAGAAAUACACACUUUUAAAUAAUAACAAUAAAAAUGAUAUUAGCCACCAUAAGAAUCAUGUAAAAAUAAAACAAAAAUUGUACAAAAGUAUUUAUUCUUACAAAUGUUUAGAAGUAUGCAUAUACUUAAUAAUUUUAUUAAAACAUUUUAAAAGUUUUUAUCAACUAAAUGAAGUAAUACUCGAAAUAUUCCAAAAUUUUAAUUGUAUCAAUUUUUUAUUACUUUAUAAAUAUAUAUGUAACGAUUAUACAUAUAUAGUAAAUUAUUAUAUUAAUAAUAAUAAGUUUAAUUUACUUCUUAAUAUAAUAACAAUAUUCCCACAAAACUUCUUACUAGAAGUUUUACAAGAACAUUCAUUUAUUCUUUAUCUUCACGCUCCGCAAAAAUAUGUUGAAUUGCUAAUUUUUUACGACAAUUUAAUUGAAGAUUAUACUAAUAUAAUUAUUUGCAUGUUUAUAGUUACUUACUUUUUUAAGAAGAAAAAGAAAAAUGAAAAUAUACCUCAAGGCAAAGAAAUAACGAGUGAAAUUAACGAUAAUGCUGAAAAUAUCCCUAAAGAAAUGACAUCAAAUUAUGGGUUAGAUAACCAAAUGCAUCAUAACCAUAUUCAGGAUAUCUAUGAUAAACGAACUAAUGAAUGUAUAAAAUAUUUGGAACAUAUUGCAAACAAAUUGAUAAAAGAAAGUUCGGAGGAAAAAAAAGAGAAUUAUAUAUACACAUUUGAAUGCAUUUGGAAAAAUAAUCACAUAAUAAAUUGCUUACUUAUUUUAUAUAUAGAAAAUGAUAAAGAUGAACAGAUUAAAGAUUUAUUAGAUAGACUAAAAAAUUCGGCUAUACAUUUUGAUUAUUUAUUUAUUAUACGAUUUUUAAAAGAAAAAAAAAAAGAUAAUUUUAUUCCACACAUAUAUAUAUUAAUGAAAUAUUUCGAAGAAGCUGUAGAUAAAUCAUUAGAGUUAAAUGAUUAUGAUGCUGCAAAAAAUGCCGUGUUAGUAUGUGAAGAUGAAGAAGAGAAAAAAAAAUUAUUUUUAAAAAUAAUAAAGCAUAUUUCCAAAAAUUUAAAUAAUGAAAACUUAAAAGAAAUAAUUAAUUUAAUCCGAGAUUCGCAUUCAAUAUUAAAUUUACAUGAUAUAUUACCUUAUAUUAAUGAAAAUACAUUUAUAGAAUGUUUAAAAACAGAUAUAUGUUCGCUAUUGGAUGUAUAUAAUAUUAAAAUUAAAGCAAAAAAAGAAGAAAUAAAAGACAACUUAAGAACAAUUAACUUAUUAAAUAAUGAUAUUAAAGAUAUAAAAAAAAAAUAUGUUAUUCUAAAUAAACAUGAUAUAUGUUAUAUUUGUAAAAAAAAUAUAUAUUAUAAAAAAUUCUACGUAUUUUCAUGUAAUCAUUAUUUUCAUAGCGUAUGUUCUCUAAAUCUUUAUAUCAAUCACAAAUCAAAAAAAAAUCUAUUUCACUUCUAUUCUAUACUUACUAACUAUAAAAAUGCUAUUGCUAGUCAAAAUGAACAUGAUAUUCUUUUAUACGAAACAAAAAUUAAUGAAAUUCUAACCGAAGAAUGUUUUAUUUGUGGAUCCUUUUCCAUCAACUCAAUCACAAAAAGCUUCAUUUCGCAAAGCGAGUAUGAUUUGGCAGAUAGUUGGGCUAUAUCAAAUGAGUAA